CUGCAACUAUUGUGAAUUCUCUAUCACUGUUUACUGGUGUAAAUUCCUCAGGAUUCAAAACCUGGGUAGAAGCAUCUGCCCAUCUGGGUCUAAAGUCACUUAGCAGCAUCUCAGCUUCAAGGAUGAAGGACAAGGAAUGUAAAGAAGAAGUCAAAAUGGAUUCAAGUAUGGGUGUGAAUUCUGUCACCAUUUCUGUUGAGGGGAUGACAUGUAGUUCCUGUGUUUGCACCAUUGAGCAACAGAUUGGAAAACUAAAUGGUAUACAUCACAUUAAAGUUUCACUGGAAGAAAAAAAUGCAACUAUUAUUUAUGACCCUAAACUGCAGACUCCAAAGACCCUGCAGGAAGCUAUUGAUGACAUGGGCUUUGAUGCUAUUCUCCACAAUCCUACCCCUCUCCCUGUUUUAACUGACACUGUGUUUCUAACUGUUACUGCUUCACUGGCUCCCCUAUGGGACCAUAUCCAUAGCACAUUGCUCAAGACCAAGGGUGUGACAGACAUUAAAAUUUCCCCUCAGCAAAGAACGGCAGUGGUGACAAUAAUCCCUUCUAUAGUGAAUGCCAAUCAGAUAAUAGAGCUGGUUCGGGAUGUCAGUUUAGAUAUUGCAACUCUGGAGAAAAAGUCAGGAACUUGUGAAGAUUACUGUAUGGCUCAAGCAGGUGAAGUCAUACUGAAGAUGAAAGUGGAAGGGAUGACCUGCCAUUCAUGCACUAGCACCAUUGAAGGAAAAAUUGGGAAGCUGCAAGGUGUUCAACGAAUUAAAGUCUCCCUGGACAACCAAGAAGCUACUAUUGUUUAUCAACCUCAUCUUAUCACAGUAGAGGAAAUAAAAAAGCAGAUUGAAGCUGUGGGCUUUUCAGCAUUCAUCAGAAAACAGCCCAAGUACCUCAAAUUGGGAGCUAUUGAUAUAGAACGUCUAAAGAACACACCGCUCAAAUCCUCAGAAGGAUCGCAGCAGAGGAGUCCAUCAUAUAGCAAUGAGUCUGCAGUCACUCUCAUCAUAGAUGGCAUGCAUUGUAAAUCAUGUGUAUCAAAUAUUGAAAGUGUUUUAUCUACACUCCAAUACGUAAGCAACAUAGUAGUUUCUUUAGAGGGUAGAUCUGCCAUAGUGAAGUAUAAUGCAGACUCAGUCACUCCAGAAACCCUGAGAAAAGCAGUAGAGGCCAUAUCACCAGGGCAAUACAGAGUUAGUAUUAAAAGUGAAGUUGAGAGUACCUCAAACUCUCCCUCCAGCUCAUCUCUUCAAAAAAUUCCUUUGAAAUUAGUUAGCCAGCCUCUGACUCAAGAAACUGUGAUAAACAUUGAUGGCAUGACUUGUAAUUCUUGUGUGCAGUCUGUUGAGGAUGUCAUAUCAAAAAAGGCAGGUGUAAAAUCUAUACGAGUAUCCCUUGCAAAUGGCAAUGGGACUGUUGAAUAUGAUCCUCUACUAACCUCUCCAGAAACCUUGAGAGAAGCAAUAGAAGACAUGGGAUUUGAUGCUACCCUGUCAGAUACAAAUGAGCCCUUGGUAGUAAUAGCACAGCCCUCAUCAGAAAUGCCACUUUUGACAUCAACUAAUGAAUUUUAUACUAAAGUGAUGACACCAGUUCACGACAAGGAGGAGGCAAAGACUUCAUCUAAGUGUUACAUACAGGUUACUGGCAUGACUUGUGCUUCCUGUGUAGCAAACAUUGAACGGAAUUUAAGACGAGAAGAAGGAAUAUAUUCUGUACUUGUGGCUCUAAUGGCUGGCAAGGCAGAAGUAAGAUAUAAUCCUGCAGUUAUACAACCCCCAGUGAUAGCUGAGCUUAUCCGAGAGCUUGGAUUUGGAGCCACUGUGAUAGAGAAUGCUGAUGAAGGGGAUGGUGUUUUGGAACUUGUUGUGAGAGGAAUGACGUGUGCCUCCUGUGUACAUAAAAUAGAGUCUACCCUCACAAAACACAGAGGGAUCUUCUACUGCUCUGUGGCCCUGGCAACCAACAAAGCACAUAUUAAAUAUGAUCCAGAAAUUAUUGGUCCCAGAGAUAUUAUCCAUACAGUUGAAAGCUUAGGUUUUGAAGCUGCUUUGGUCAAGAAGGAUCGGUCAGCAAGCCACCUAGACCAUAAACGAGAAAUAAGACAAUGGAGACGUUCAUUCCUUGUAAGCCUAUUUUUCUGUAUUCCUGUAAUGGGCCUCAUGAUAUAUAUGAUGGUUAUGGACCACCACCUUUCAACUCUACACCAUAAUCAGAACAUGAGUCAAGAAGAAAUGGUCAACAUUCAUUCUUCUAUGUUCCUGGAGCGCCACAUCCUGCCGGGAUUGUCCAUUAUGAAUUUGCUAUCCUUUUUAUUGUGUGUACCUGUCCAGUUUUUUGGAGGCUGGUACUUCUAUGUUCAGGCCUACAAAGCACUGAAGCAUAAAACUGCAAAUAUGGAUGUAUUGAUUGUGCUGGCAACCACCGUUGCAUUUGCCUACUCCUUGGUUAUUCUUCUGGUUGCAAUGUAUGAGAGAGCCAAAGUAAACCCUAUUACUUUCUUUGACACACCUCCUAUGCUAUUUGUGUUUAUUGCAUUAGGCCGGUGGCUGGAACAUAUAGCAAAGGGCAAAACAUCAGAAGCUCUUGCCAAGCUAAUUUCACUACAAGCUACGGAAGCAACUAUUGUAACUCUUGACUCUGAUAAUAUCCUCUUGAGUGAAGAACAAGUGGAUGUGGAACUUGUACAACGUGGAGACAUCAUUAAAGUGGUUCCAGGAGGCAAAUUUCCAGUGGAUGGUCGUGUUAUUGAGGGACAUUCUAUGGUAGAUGAGUCCCUCAUCACAGGGGAGGCAAUGCCUGUGGCUAAGAAAUCUGGUAGCACAGUGAUUGCUGGUUCCAUUAACCAGAAUGGGUCCCUUCUUAUUCGCGCAACCCAUGUUGGAGCAGAUACAACCCUCUCUCAAAUUGUCAAACUUGUAGAAGAGGCACAAACAUCAAAGGCUCCUAUUCAGCAGUUUGCAGACAAACUCAGUGGCUACUUUGUUCCAUUUAUUGUUAUUAUUUCCAUUGUUACCCUCUUGGUUUGGAUUAUAAUUGGAUUUCUGAAUUUUGAAAUUGUGGAAACCUACUUUCCUGGCUACAACCGAAGUAUCUCUCAAACGGAAACGGUAAUACGCUUUGCCUUCCAAGCCUCUAUCACAGUUCUGUGCAUCGCAUGCCCUUGUUCCCUGGGACUGGCCACUCCAACUGCUGUGAUGGUGGGUACAGGAGUAGGUGCUCAAAAUGGCAUACUAAUCAAAGGUGGUGAGCCACUGGAGAUGGCUCAUAAGGUAAAGGUAGUGGUAUUUGAUAAGACUGGAACCAUCACCCAUGGAACCCCAGUAGUGAAUCAAGUAAAGGUUCUGGUGGAAGGUAACAGAAUAUCACACAGUAAGAUCCUGGCCAUUGUGGGAACUGCUGAAAGUAACAGUGAACACCCUCUGGGAGCAGCCAUAACCAAAUACUGCAAGCAGGAGCUGGACACUGAAACCUUGGGUACCUGCAUAGAUUUCCAGGUUGUUCCAGGAUGUGGUAUUAGCUGUAAAGUCACCAAUAUUGAAGGCUUGCUACAUAAGAAUAAUUGGAAGAUAGAGGAAAAUAAUAGUAAAAAUGCAUCCCUGGUUCAAAUUGAUACAAGUAAUGAACAGUCAUCAACUUCGUCUUCCAUGAUUAUUGAUGCCCAGCUCUCAAAUGCUCUUAAUGCUCAACAGUACAAAGUCCUCAUUGGUAACCGGGAGUGGAUGAUUAGAAAUGGUCUUGUCAUUAGUAACAUUGUAGAUGAUUCCAUGACUGAACACGAGAGAAAAGGUCGGACUGCUGUAUUGGUGGCAGUUGAUGAUGAGCUGUGUGGCUUGAUAGCUAUUGCUGAUACAGUGAAGCCUGAAGCAGAAUUGGCUGUCCAUAUUCUGAAAUCUAUGGGCUUAGAAGUAGUUCUGAUGACUGGAGACAACAGUAAAACAGCUAGAUCUAUUGCUUCUCAGGUUGGCAUUAAUAAGGUGUUUGCUGAAGUUCUACCUUCCCACAAGGUUGCUAAGAUGAAGCAACUUCAAGAGGAGGGGAAACAGGUAGCAAUGGUGGGAGAUGGAAUCAAUGAUUCCCCAGCCCUGGCCAUGGCUAAUGUGGGGAUUGCCAUUGGUACAGGCACAGAUGUAGCCAUUGAAGCAGCUGAUGUGGUUUUGAUAAGGAAUGAUCUUCUGGAUGUCGUGGCAAGUAUUGACUUAUCAAGGAAGACAGUCAAAAGGAUUCGGAUAAAUUUUGUCUUUGCUCUAAUUUAUAAUCUGGUUGGAAUUCCUAUAGCUGCUGGAGUUUUUAUGCCCAUUGGUUUGGUUUUGCAGCCCUGGAUGGGAUCUGCUGCAAUGGCUGCUUCCUCUGUUUCAGUAGUACUUUCUUCUCUUUUCCUUAAACUUUAUAGGAAACCAACUUAUGAGAAUUAUGAACUGCAUGCCCGAAGCCAGAUGGGACAGAAAAGUCCUUCAGAAAUCAGCGUUCAUGUUGGAAUAGAUGACACCUCAAGAAAUUCUCCUAAACUGGGUUUGCUGGACCGGAUUGUUAAUUACAGCAGAGCCUCCAUAAAUUCGUUGCUUUCUGAUAAACGGUCUCUAAACAGCGCUGGUACCAGUGAACCUGACAAGCACUCACUCCUGGUGGGAGACCGCUGGGAAGAUGACGACACCACAUUGUAACAGGCCACAGACAGAGGGUGCUAACUAGCUGAUGUUGUUUCGCACAGACACAGCAUUCGUGAUGUCACCUUAGCUUUUCAAAAUACUGUGGAAGGAUUUUAUCUGGGUCUCACACUCUUAAGAUAGGGUUUCUAUUUGAGUUGUAUUUGUCUAAUGGGAAAAAUAUCUUUUUUCAGGGCAUUGGCUCUGAACAUAGCUUUAUUUAAAAUGAUUCUGGUAAUUGUUGCUUUCACUAGCUACAGGUAAGGUGGGCCAGUGAAGUUUACAACAAGCCCUAUAAUUGAAGAUUGCCAAAUUGUUGCUGAAGUGAUAAUUUUCUAUUGGGCAAAAAAAGAAGGCUCAAAGAAAGGAUAAUUAAAAUUUUGAAGAUUUGAGAGCCUGAUCUUGAAGAGAUUCCUGAGCUCUUAUCCCUGCCAGAUUGGAAACAGUGGCUUUCAAAGCACUAUAUAAAGCAUCUAGUUUUAGAAGGAAAACAGUAGAAACUAUUUAAAAACAGAAAUACCUUAUUUAUUACAGGUUUUCUUCCCCCUCUCUUUCUCCCUGUGUCUUUGAUUUUGCAGUUGCUUUCUUAGAUGCCCUGGUGCAUUUUCUUUUGUUAUCUUCUUAGCUGGUGAUAGUUUUUCAUUGAUAAAAAUAGCUGACACCUUUUCCAAUAUCUUGUUCCUUUCUUUAACUUGUAGCUCAAAAGAUCGUAAGGGUCUGUAGAGUUCCCUGCUUGCCGUCUUCUCAUUGUGGUAAAAAUAUAUCAGAUUCUUCCUUCAAUGACUCUCUAGCUCUGUGCAGGCUUUCAGUUCACUCUUGUUGAGUUCAGCUACAAGUUGUUUUUAGUGUACUCUGUCAGCCUCAGUCCAGAAGCUUAAGCUUUUGAGCCUCUUUCACAAUUAAUUUUUAAAAUAAGAUUAACACUACCAUCUUUAACAUAUACAGGUCAUGUAAAAUUACCUGGAUUCACCAAAUUUGUUCUUUAAUGGAGAGAAUAUAAGACCUUAACUGGUAUAUAUGAUUUAAUAGAUUUUAGUUAUCUUUUAGUGUUUUAGAUAACCUCUCAAAAUGACUUUAAAGUAAUGCUGUUACACGAAACUGCUUUUACCAAAAAGUACAAUAAAUUGUAAUACAGAAAUGAGACUCUCCCUAGGUUGUGAUACCUCUUGACCAAAUCUAUACUUUUCUCUAGUUUAACACAUUUGCACUUGCUAGUUAGCAUCGUUCACAAAUUCAGGGGCUUGUUCUCAUUGCCAUAUAGAUUUAGAACAUUCCCUAGUGAGUGCCUGGGAGUUAGCACUUGUGUCACUAUUUAAAUUUCAUUUAAUUUUAAUUCAUUUAAAUUAAAUUGCAAGCUGGAUUUCAUAUGCAAAAUAUGUAAGUGAAGAGAACUCAUAAAUAAAUUUCUAGUAUUUUGUUCCCAUUGCCAAAUGGGAAGCUACUAACACAUAGGAUUUGUACUCAGUAAAUGUUAGUCCUUUUCUCCCCUUGAGGUCAGAAAUAAAUACUAAAAGUCAUUUUUAUAGGACAAAGUCUAAAAUCAGCUGGGAGUGGGGGAUGGGUUUCUUCCUCUCCUACUUCCUUUCUCUCUUAUCCUUUCAUACACGCAAAACAGUUUACAACAUUAUUACAUGCUAUCUUUUCAGAUUUGGAAAAUAUCUCAUUUUUAUCUCAGUUAUAAAGAGAGAACUGAAACUUUUGAUGAAGGUGCUAUUAAUCUAGAAAGGCAAACUCAUUUUCAUGAAAUAUGAAUGAGUUUGUAUAUGCAGGCUCUUUUUUAGACCAAUACCUCUGCCAUUGUCCAUGCUUCCAGUUUGAAUUUUAAUAUUUUGAAAAUUUUUAAUUCCAGUGGCCCAUACCACAAUGUAUUUCUUCUAGAAGAAACAGCUGAUAUGACAAAAUGUAGAAUAGACUUUUGAAAAAGAAGUACCUCUCUCUUCCUCAUCCUCACUCCUCUCUCUCUGAAGCACUUGUACAUAGCCUGUUAAUGUUUUUAUUAUUAUGCGUGUGUCUGAGUCAUCCUUUUAGCCCCCACAUGCCAGGGGGACCCCCAUGUCCUAGGACAGUGAGAAGAGCAGCCUGUAGUCUGGGAAAAAACAAGGAUAUCAUUUCAGCCAUUAUUACCAGAAUAGGAAACAUUUUGUUCAGAAAGAAUCCUGCUUUAAAUAUCUGUAGUCAUCUUUGAAUUUUCUAUCACAAGUCUCUUUUGUAAUCCAGAACUCCCAUUAGCUUCACAGAGCAGCUGUAUUCACAGGAGAGGGAGGUGAUAUAUGGAGGGGAUCAAAAGCAUUGCUUUCAGUUAGUAACUAGCUUUGAGUACCUAGUUAAUAGAACAAAUUUUAUAAGUGUGUGUAUGUGUGUGUAUUCAUAUACAUAUGUGCACAUAUAUAUGCACACACAUAUUACUAUAUAGAAGGAAAAUAGAUUUAUAUUUGAAUUUGAUAUUUGGAGUUCUUUAUUUGUUGUUCCUUUAUCACUCUUCGGUAUUCACUCAGCAGCCAUUCCCUGUCUGAAGAUAACAAGGGUGUUUUGAUAUCCAGUGUAGGUUCAAACUCAACUAUAGGGCACCUUUUAUCUUAAAUAUCCAAAGAUGCCUUUUGAAUUUCAAAGGUUAAAACUCAACUAGAAUAUUUAGUGUUGUAGUCUCAAGAAGUAUGGUUGUCAGUUGUGAAAAUAGAAAUGUUACUUUUCCUAGUUUAGUAUCAACAUUUAGAGUGUUAAAUUUGAUGCCUGUGAACAAAUAAUUUUAUACUGUGCUUUAACUAUUCUUUUUUCAGAUGUAUUCUUUGUUCAUAUUGCUUAACAUAGCAUCAUAGAGAGGAUGUUUCCAAAAACUGAAGCGUGCAUAUCUUUUAUGUACAAAGCUUAAGAUCAAGAAUGUAUGUUCUUAGAGAAUUCUUUUUCCAUUCCUUGUGGAUCAUGCUUUAAAAUUAUUUUUCUUAAUAUUUAUUUUACUCUAUUUUGUUAUUUUCUUGCAGUGAGGCAUCUGGUUACUGGUUAUUUCAAUAAGAAUAAAAACAUUCCUGGAAUCAC